AAUUGACCAAAAACAUACACUUGUACCUAAAAGACAAGUACAAAUAGCCAAAAAUCUAACAUCAUCAUGUAUGCUUUUUGAAUGUUGAAUGCCUCAAAACCUAACAUUAAUUCGUAGUUUCUUUGGUUUAAACUUGAUAUUUGUCGUUCUCAUUAGAUGACCCAAAUCCACUUUGGGUUUGUGAUAAUGGAGUGGUUACAAGUUCUUGUUAAUUUAGUCAUAUUCAACUCAAGUAAUUGUUUAUUAACUAAAUAAUUAGUUAUAAUCCAUAUAGAAAAUGGUAUUUAUGCAAACAAUAUGAGUUAAUAAGCAUGAAAAGGAAAUCAGAAAAAAAGAAUAUGGCUUCUUCUUCUUCUUCUUUCCAUGAACUCAAAAAACAAGCUUCUGUUUUCUUGAAAGAGAAGAUCAAAACUGCAAGAUUGGUGCUAACAGAUGUUACACCUGCACAACUAUUGACCGAAGAAGCAACAGAUGAAGAUUCAUGGCCAUCGGACACGCGCACCAUGGGAUUGAUAUCGCGCGCGGCUUUUGAAGUCGAUGAAUAUUGGAGAAUUGUUGAUGUUCUCCAUAAAAGGUUGUGGAAGUUUGAUAAAGAGAAUUGGAGAGGGUCUUACAAGGCUCUUGUUUUAUUGGAGCACUUGCUAACUCAUGGUCCAGAGAGAGUUUCAGAAGAAUUUCAAUGUGAUAAAGAGGUUAUUAAGGAGAUGAGUAUUUUUCAACAUGUUGAUGAAAAAAGAUUCAAUUGGGGAUUAAGGGUAAGAGAGAAAUCAGAAAGGAUUUUGAAACUACUUGAAGAAGAUCGGUCUUUUUUGAAACAAGAGAGGAGUAAAGCCCGCGAGCUUACAAGUGGGAUCAAAGGUUUUGGUAGUUUUACUCAAAGAAGUAUCGAGAAAAGAUUGGGAGAAUCAAGAUCACAAAUAUAUUUUAGAUGUAAUUUCAACAAUGAUGGAGAUGAAGGAAACAAGGAUUUAAACUAUCGAAAUCGUGAUGUGGGUGAUGAUGAUGAACAUCAAGAUAGAGCCUCUCUACUUUCUACUUAUGUAUAAAAAUAAAAAAGGAUUAAGGAUCGAUGAAGUGAGGAUAAAAAAUAGUUUAAUAGAUAGAAAAAGUUGCAUAUUUAGCAUACUCUUUGUAAAAAUACCAAUAGAACAGUAAAUAAUAAACGAACAUCUUUGUUUUUUAAUA